CUGAUAAUCUCUGCUGUCUUUGCUCUUCGCACUUUCGACUGUUCGAAUCUGCACCGCGAUAACAAGGAAACGUAAGAAAAGUACACCAAAAUGCAUGUUGUAAUUAGAAAAUUCCGGCUCUCAGACUUUGAAGCAGUGAAAGCAAUAUUUCGAGAUGGAAUCCAGGAGCACAUUUUUCCUGCAUUUAUUCAUGCCAUUUCCCAGCCAGUCCACAUUUCUCUGACUCUCUGCUUCUGUAUUGCUGGCUAUAUACUAAGUGGAGGAUCAGCUGGUGUGGCUCUGCUGGCUGGAGCAUCCUGGAUUGGCGUGUUGUUCUGCUGCUGCUAUGAGUUCUAUGCUGGAUAUGUCCGACUGAAGCUGCGCACAGACAUGCAGGACAUUACAGGUUACUACCUUAAAAAUCCAAACAACUGCUUCUGGGUUGCAGAAGCUGAGGUAAAUGGGCGACCCCUAGUGGUGGGAAUGGUGGCUGUAGAGGCUAAAAAAAAUCCAAAUGACAAUGCGCGAAAGUAUGGUGAACUUUUCCGCAUGAAUGUGUCUUCUAAGUGCCGACACGUUGGUGUCGGGUCACGCCUGGGUAAAGUAGCUGUGGACUUUUGUAAGGAACGAGGGUUCUCAAAGGUUGUGCUUGAAACUAGUUCUCAUCAGAGGGCAGCUAUCUCCCUUUACAUUAGGAUGGGCUUUACACUCGUAGAAUCCCACACAAGGAGUACAGCAGUUUGGUGGAUGGCCAGGCUGAUCAGAGUUACGAUUUUGAAAAUGGAGAAAGUCCUUUAAUCUUUAAUCCAUUUACUCAUUCAUACACACUAUAUGGCCAAAAGAUUGUGUGCCCCAAAUGAUCACAUCUACAGUUACUUUUUGAACAUCCCAAACCUUCUUGAAGUUGACAAUCUCAUUUUUAUGUAGCUACCAUCUUAUUUAUAAAACAACUACUUACAAACAAAUAACACUGAAAUUUAAAAUAAUAUUGAUAAAUGAAUUAUAAUUAGCAUGUUUUAAUUUGUAUGUCCAGAUAUGUAUUUUAGCUACAUGUGAAAAUGUAUUCAUUAAAAUGCACAUCUAAUCAGAGUACAAUCCAGAUACAAGACAGAGAAAAUGACCAGAUGGAAGCUGGCUGUUUGCUUUGUGUUUCGGCCUUUUGGUGCUGGCAAGGUGUGCCAUGCUCUCUUUUCAUUCUGUGCCACCACUCCCUCUAUUCAUGAGCUGUGACAGAGCCAAUCACUUUAGUGUUUCUGUGCCCACUGUGUUUGAUGCUUCAUGUGACUAUCUGAGACUACUGAGUAUUCAUUGUUACACAUUAGUCUCAUACAUUCCUCUAUAUUGGCCCUUACUGUACAGUCAUUUGUCUCAGCCUAAUUUUGUCCCCAUAUGCAAUCACUACAACACUAGUAUGGGAAGUGGGGACAGUUGUAAUGCCAAUAAUCUACCUACCUUAUUUCAGCUAUCCCAUCUCAUCAGGUGCUAUUAAAUGUGAUCAGCAACUGAACUAUUUUUAUACUGAUAUUAAAGUUCAGAGACAAAAAAUUAAUAGGUAGUUUCUUUGUUUGUUUUUACCUGAAUUAUUUUUACUUUGAGUACACUGUAUUCAUACAUUUCUGGCUCUAUGUGUUAAGACAAUAAAAAAACAUAUAAAAUGGUCAAAGUUUAAAUUGUUGUAGUUAAAGUUUAACUGGCUUAGACAUGAGCUUAAAUAUUUUCUUGUGACUAUUAGUGCUGUUAGUGACAACAUUAACACUAUCAUGCAACAAAUGCUCUUAAGACAAAACAGCAGUAGUUUGAAGGACUAUUAUGUAAGUAACAAAAUAUUAACUAAUCAACAUAAUAAAGUGACGUGACAUUUCAAAAGGAUUUAUUUUACUCCUUAAAUAUUAUCAACUUUAUAGCAAAAUCUUCAUUUAAGGAUUUAAUUAAUUUAAUUAUAUUGAUCAUUAUUGAUCUUAGCCCUUAAAACAAUAUGCUAUGCAGAUGUUAUGUUUACACACAUUUAAUACAGUUUCCCAGAGUGAAAGGGAACGUAUCCGUGAAUACCAAAAAAUGGCUUUAAUAGAAAUGCUCUAAAAAGUUAUAACAAUUAAAGUAUAUUCAGUGUAUAUUACAUGUAUUACAGUAUAUCUAGUAUAUAGUGUUAGUAUAUAAAUUUGAAUUCCUAAGCUAUGUGGCCAAUAUACACAAUAUAACAAAAGAUUUAAAGUAGUGCCAGAUUCAGUUUAUGUAUAUUUUUUUGAUUGUGUAAAGUUGCUUUGCAACAAAGACAAU